CCGAAUUCAUCAACAUCCUUGGAUUUAUGAAAUCGAGCUCUCGUACAUUCUCUGGAGCAUAUUUGCAUAACAUCCGAACCGAUGCACCUUUACGACAUGUCGACAAAAACCAACCCUUAGCAUACACCAUACAUGAUACCUAUAGAUCCCUGCUUACAAACACCAAAUCUCAGCAAAUCAUUAAGUAUGUGCCGA